CCGCAACUUCCGCCUGACAGCGACACCCUGAGGCCGUGGCGCUCCUCAUCUUUUCUGUUGAGUAGAUGUAUAGUACUGUUAAAGAUUCCUGAUGUUUCAGAAGUUUGUGAAAUUAAUAAGUAGUACAAUAAAUUGUCUAUUUUUGUACAGUAAUUUAUUCCGAAAUGACAUGCACACAAAUCUUGUUUCUUAAACCAAACGGACAUCAGUUUCAUUUAUUUAUAACGCUCACCGCGAGUAGAGCCGCCGACUCCGCGCCACCAGACUCUCCGGAGCGGGCCUGCGCCGAUCGGCUCGGCUCCGGGUCGCGCCAGACCGCCUACCGCGCUGCGAUCCUCGGACUCGGCUCUAACACGGGCCACGCCGCCCUCUGACCGGCUUCCGCAACUCUUCUGCCACUGCGCGGCAUGGUGAGCCGGUAAUAACUCCCGGAAUCGUUCAUCUCCGUACCAGCAGUGUUUGGAAUGCAAAUGAUACCUGCGAUGAUCUUGACGCCAUUGACUUGGACUGCUUAAGGAGACGAGAGCAUGAUGAAGAAAAUACUCAAAUUUAGCAAGAAACGGAGAGGUUUCUCUCCGAGUUCGUCUGAUGCCGGGAGCAUUUUAUCAGUAGGAUAUGAGAUAAAGGAAAAAGACUUGGGAAAGGUUCAUAAGGCUGCGUCUCUGGGCGACCUGACCAAACUGAAACAGCUUGCAAAAAAGAAUGAUUUAAACCAACUGGAUAAGGAGAACAGAACUCCUCUGCAUAUUGCUUGUGCAUAUGGGCAUGCGGAUGUUGUUCUGUUCCUGGUGGAAAACAAAGCCAAGCUGAAUUUAUGUGACAAUCAGAACCGAUCCCCACUGAUGAAGGCAGUGCAGUGUCAGCUGGAGACGUGUGCCACCGUCCUGCUGGAGCACAGUGCUGACCCCAACCUGGUGGACAUCAACGGGAACACAGCCCUGCACCUGGCUGCCCUUAUCCCGUCAGUGCCCUUGGGUACGCAGCUACUGGAACAUGGUGCCAACAUCAAUGCCCAUAACAAGGAUGGAUGCACUCCUCUGAUCCUGGCAGUAACAGAAAAUCACACUGAGAUGGUAGAGUUUCUCCUUAAGGAAGGAGCUGAUGUGAAUGCUAAGGACCAAGGCAAAAGGACAUCCUUAAUAAUUGCUGCCUGUAAUGGACAAAUCAGUAUGAUUCGCCUUCUUUUGGCGAACAAUGCAGAUAUAGCGGUAAAGGAUGAGAAAGGAUGGACAUCUGAUGACUAUGCGGUUAUUAACGGGCACCAUGCUUGUUCCCAUUUGAUAAUAGAGCAUGGGACCAGGAGGAGGUGCCAGCAGUCGCCCUCUUUCCCUGGGCAGAGCGGGCAGCAGGGGCCGGUGGGCAGCCCCGGGGGGGAGGGCGAGGCGGCUUUUUCCCUGGGGAGACCAGCCUCUAACAGAGAUGAGCUGCACCUUGCAGGAGCAAGUGAAGCAGGGAAAGUUGAUGAUAAUUCACAAGUAGAAUCCAUCAGUAGGGCAUCUAAAUCCGCUGCUGGAGAUUCGUGGCUUUCAUCAGAUGAAGAUGAUGGCUUACAGUUGAGCCCAAAGAAAGCACAAAAGGUGAACCUGAAGAAGCUCAUCAGCUCUUCGGAGAAGGGCAGAAAAAAAGCUGCAGCAGACUCCAAGUCCUGGAGUGAGCGCGAGUCUGACGCAGAGAAUGACGACAGAGCCGAGAGGGACUCGCCCCCCCCUGAGACUUCACCCCCCCUGAGGGGCAACGCCCUGCCCCCACCAUCCCCUUCGCCCGCCCCCUUUUCCAAACCACCCCAGAGGACAUCCACGCUGCUCCAUAGAUCCAGAAAGGAAGAGGAUUCCACAGAUGCAGAUUGUGAGGAGGAGGAGGAGGAAGAUGAAGAGAGCAAAGAGGAGGAGCAAGGGCGGGUUAAGGAUAAAGUGCUGCACAGUGAACAUUCGCACGAUGACGGCGAGAGGAAUGACUUCCCAGCACAGAAGAGAGAUUUUCUGUCGGAGUUGGGUCUUGGGGACCGUACAGACGAUGACUCCUGGGACUCUCCUGUCUCUGACAGCCCAAGGAAACUGCAUGUCGGCAUUAAUUCCCCUGUGACGCCCAAAGAAGAGACGGCCAAUAUUCCUGAGAAGAGCAAUGAAGGAAGCUGUAGGAGAGCUUUUCUGGAGACCUUUGGAGAGUUUAGACUGGCCAGGAGACCUAAUUGUCGGGAUGGUCCUUGCGAUGAUUUACAACGGAAGCCUGGUGUAUCGAACACUAAGCCAGUGCAUGUAUUGCAGACAUCGGCCACAACCAUGGACAACACUAACGUAAAAAUCGAUUUAAUGGAAGAACUUGGAUUGGGAGAUGUAGAUGAUCUUGAAGAUCCUUCAGAUUGGGACAGUUCCAGCUCCUCCAGCAAAAGCCACGAUGUCAUCAAGCAGGACCCUCCUAAUGAACCUGACCCACUGGCCUCAGAGAAGGAACCAAUCGCCAGCCCUCCCUCGACCGCCGUACCAGCCGGUGGGGGUGAAGAGCCUGCUACAUCCGUAACAGAAGGGAGUUUCGAAAAUACAAAAAGUGCCCAGGCUCCAUCACAGAACCUGGCCCCCCCGAAUGGCCACUCCACACGGCAGGCCCAAGUCAAGCCCCAGGCACAGCCCCGCACCCGGAAGACGCCCGCAACCACAGAGAAUGAAGAAGAGGCCUCACUGACGGAGGCGGUGGCAGACGACACAGAGGAUAGUCUCAGCGCAGGACCAGAGGAGCCGCAGAAGGGGAAAGUUGUAUUAGAUAAAAGUGGGUUCGGUAUGAGUGAGCUGUACCACAGCAGUCCUGUGGUGUGUGAAACACAAAGCGUUCAGCGGAAGGAGGAUGGGGGUGAGACUGAUGAAGACACUGAUACAUCAUGGGAAAAGCGCUAUGAGAAAAUCUGGGUAGAGACUGAGAAAAGGGAGGUGAAGUCUCACUACAGGAGCGUAACAGCAGAGCUGAAGGAGAAGUUUGGGGAGCUUUGUUGGAGGGAUGCUAGGGGAGCGUUUGAGGCUGCUGCCACCGUGGAGUCCAGCAAGGACUGGGGUGGUGAGAGGAUUCUGGUUCCCAUUGCUGAACAGAGAGAACCUGGGUUAGAGGACUCCCUCACUGAGCCCUCAGAAGGCCUGCGGUCCAGAGACUCUCAGCCCUGUGCUUCCCAGAGUCCCCAACCCACGCUGAACGUUCCCAGCAAUGAAAAAAUCGCUGCCCGUUCUAGCGAGGAAAUCGGGAAGGAAGAGCAGCUUGGGAGCCAAGAAGAGGCAGCAAAGUUUGGAGGCCGUGAGCGUGAUGCCUGCGGAGAUCCCAGCGACUCUGCCGAUGGCUGCAAUGUGAGCACAGGGCUCGGCGACCUUGGGCCGAAGGGAGAGAGUCAAGCCGCUGUCACAGUACAGAAGAUGAACGAAGACACUGAAGCGGAGAGUAAAGGUCUCAGUGAUGCCGCAAGGCGCCUCUCCGAUGAAGCGCUUGAGGAGGAUAUGCAGAGAUUCAAGUAUGAGGUUUGUGAGGAGAAGAGAGAGCUGCCAGCUGUCCAGCGCCAUCGUCCAUUAAGGGGUGUUGAAGGACCAAGCAGGAGUUUUGUGGGAGAAAAUGUAAAAGAAGAACUGGGUGAAAGAGGCACCAAACCUGCAUCUGAAAAGGAAGUUAGAUUAAAUCAAGGAUUAGGCUCAAAAUAUGCCGAAAGGUUCAUAACUGCAGGGAGCACAAAGGUGCCUGAAGAGAUGGAAAUUGGGGAUGACUUUGAUGAUCUCACUCAGUCGUCUGACACGGGCACGGAUGAGGCGGAUCUCCCCACGUCGGGAUUCCGCAACGCUUCUCUGCUGAUCCAGCAGCUGGACUCCUCCUGCAUCGACUCGGUGAGCAUGGUGAAGCUGCAGACCAUGUUCCACGAGUACGAGUGCACUAUCCAGAGGGAAAAAGGGCGCUGCAGCAGGCUGUCGGAUAAGGUCUCUCAGCUGGAGGAAGAACGGGCCAACCUGAAGCAAGUCCUGGAAGAGACGCGUGACGUUAAGUCCACCUUGGAGCACCGGCAGGUGGAUUUGGAGACUGAACUGAAAAACUUCAAGUUUGUCCUGAAGCAAGAGCAGGAAAAGCACAGGAACGCUUGCAUGCUGCACGACAAGAGCUGCGAGCAGCUCCGGAUAAAGGAGGAGCAGUACCACGCCGAGGUGCAGGAGAGGCAGAAGGUGGAGCUCGCCAAGAGGAACCUGGAGCUGGAGAUGAGGGCCCUGAUUAAUAGCAUGAAGCAGCUGGACGACGACCACAGUGAGACGCAGCGCUUGCUGGCCCAUGAGCGCAGUACCCGCACCGUUCAGGAGGGCAUCCUAACCAAGCACCUGUGCAAGCAGAGGGAGCUAGAGGAGGAGAACAUGAGGAACUUCACUAAGAGCAGUGAGGCCAUAUCUCAGCUGUCAGAGGCCAGCGACCGAGAGAAGCAGCUUGUGCAGCAGAGCCAGAGCCUACAUGAGGAGGUGACGACACUAAGGAUGGAGUUGGAGCGAGUUCGUGCUCAUAGCCGCCAGGAAGAAGCCCACCUCGGUGAGGAGAACGAGACCCUCAGGGAGAGGCUGGAGGACGCCAGACGUGACCUGAAGCUCAGCGAAGAAGCCCUGGCCCAGACGGUCUACCAGUACAACGGCCAGAUCUCUGCCCUCAAGGCCGAGUGCUCCAUGGCCUCGACCAAGCUGGAGCACGAGAAGCAGGCAAGGGAGAGGCUGGAGGCCGAGGCGGACUCGGUCCGGGUGAGGCUGGCGGCCGCCUUGCAGGAGGUGGAGGUCAUUCAGGCCUCCAGGUCCGAAGCCGACAGGAGCCUGCAGCGUGAGAGGGAGGACUGGCAGAGGACGCAGGAGAAGAUCUCGGCGGAACUGGCCAGCCAGCGCGAGUCGGCGAACAGCCUCUCGCAGCAGCUGGGCGCGGCCGAGGCCAAAGCCAACAGCCUUGAGAACGAGUGUCACCGCGCCACACUGUCACUCACCGAGAAGAGCCUGCUGCUGGAGACGGUGCAGAGGGAGCAUGACCGGGGCCAGGCCCAGAUCAGGCAGCUGGAGGCCGGCCUGCAGGCCGAGCGGGAGCAGGCCGGCAAGGCUGCGGCGCGACAGGAGGCCACGCAGGAGCGGCUGGCCCAGGCCCAGAGCGAGACCAUGCUGCUCCGGCAGCAGCUGGAAGAGGCCCAGAACCGUGGCGUGAUCAAGGAGCGGGCCGUGUCGGACGCGCAGGAGCGCUUCAGCGACCUGCUGGGCAAGCUGCGCGCGGAUAGCGAGGAGCGGGUGCGGAUGGCGGAGGAGAGGAGCAAGGAGUUGGUCUCAAAGAACACGGAGCUGCAGGAACAGCUGCUGAGGCAGGACCUGGAGAAGGCUGAGAGAGAGGCAGCCCUGAGGCAGCUGCAGCAGGAACUGGCCGACACCCUGAAGAAGCUUUCCAUGUCUGAGGCCUCUCUGGAGGUGAACUCUCGCUACAGAAACGAUCUGGAAGAGGAAAAGCUACGUCUGCAGAAGGACAUGGACAGGCUGAGGGGCAGGCUGCAGGAGAGCGAGGAUCAGUAUGUCCAGGCCGAGCAGCGCAUCCACGAGCUGAAGAGAACCCUGGACGACAAGGAGCGAGACGCCGUUACCUCCAGUCAGAGGCUGCAGGAAGCCCUGGCAGCUGCUGUGGACAGAGACAAGAUGGUCAAGCAGCUGGAGGAGGCCGUGCAGAAGCUGGAAAUCGAGAACGCCAGGCUGGAGGCUUCAGCCAAACACCAGAUGAGCAGGAUCGAGGUGCUGCAGAAGGACAGCCAGGAAGCUGCAGAGACAUCAGAUUCAUCACCUGGCACUGGGGUUAGGAACCGUUUAGAGGAUCUGGUCACAAACUUGCAAGGAAGCAAGAUUACGCUGGAAGAUAAACUGAGUCGAGAGGUACAGAAGCAGAGCCUGCUUUCCCACAGCGCCCAGGACACCCAUCGGCUGUGGGAGGAGGAGAUGAAAGCUCGGGCGCGACUCAGCCUGCGCCUGGCGGAGCUGGAGAGGGAGAAGGGCGAGCUUUCCGGGCAGGUGGAAAUUGAAAGAAAGAGGGUAAAGAAAACCGCAGAGCAGAAGAAAUCCACGGAUAUUAGGCUUGACCAGGAGAUGAGCAGAAACACGGAGCUGCAAAAAGACAUAUCAAGACUGAAGAUCCUGCUGAAAACGGCCAAGAAGAGACUGAGGGAGCAGCAGAACAUGGAACCAGACUCUGUGCUCAGCAAGCCGGGCGACACCUUGGGCCGGAUGAAGUCCCGAGUUGACGAGCUCAGUCUCCAGCUGCAAAAAGAGGAAAUGAAGUGCAGCAAGUUGGAGGCCCUGAAUUCGGACCUGAAGGAGCAGCUUUCCUCCCUGAAGACCCUCAGCAGGACCAAUGAGCAUCUGGAGAGGGGCAAGAGACGGCUAGAGGAGGAGGUGGCCGGCCUGCAGCGGCAGAUGGAGAGCAGCAGGAUGGACCAGAACCACCUGGAGCAUUACUGCAGAGAGGCCGAGGAACGGGCCCGUCUGGAGGUCCGGCAGAAGCUGGAGGAGGUCAACCUCUUUCUGCAGACCCAGGCCGCAUCUCAGGAGGCUUUGGAGCAAAUGAAAGCUACAAAUGAAGCGAGUCUGCGGGCCCAGCAGGAGCAGCGCAUUCGGGAGCUGGAGGGCGAGCUGAGCCGCCUGCGAGGCAACCAGAACGACAGCCUGUCCCAGAAGGAGAGCGCGCUGACGGAGCUGCAGCGCUACCGCGAGCUCUACGGCGAGGAGCUGCAGCUGCGCAAGAGCCUGGCAGCCAAGCUGGAAAGGUCCAAUGAGCGGCUGGGAGAGGCCAACGCCAGACUGCUGGGUGAGCGUCAGCGCACCCGGUCGCUGAUGGCGGGUGGCAUGGGUGGCAUGGGUGGCAGCCUGAUUGGCCCCUCACUGGAUGUGGAGCAGCUGAACCCAGCAGGGCCCUAUGGAGGUGGUCUAGGAAGCGGCCUCCUGGACCCAGUGGGGAAUGGACAGAACACCAAGGUGGAAACGUUCCUGGCGAAGAUGCAAAACGAAUUGGAAAAAAACAUAACAAGGGAACUAGACAAGGCUUCUGCAGAGCUGGGGAGGGAGUCGGCCCGAUUGUCCCCGGUGGGGUCAGUAGCAGCUUCCCAGAGGAGCCUCAGCAUGGACCAGGACCCAGUGGCCAGAGCCACACAGCAGUAUCUGGACGUCUUGAAGAAGAACUACAGGAUCUGACGCUCCCAGAGUAUCAGCGCCUCUUCUGUUUACAGCUGUGACAUUUAUACAAUCUCUGCACAUCUUUGCACUCAAAGGACAACUUAGUUUUGGCCUCACUGUUGAAACCACAGUGUCUUAAUAUUUAUGACUAACGGUUGCAUUUGAAAGGCUUUCCUUUCAGGUUUGCACAUGGAAAAAAAAUCUGUAUAUUAAGUACACUUUAUAUUCUUUAUAAAACAUUCCAUGUAAGGUUGUCCUCAUUUCCUUGAUUUUGCAUGCAUUCCUUUUCAUCGUCAGUAUUAUAUUGUUUCAUUACUUUGCCAAGAUUAUAAUUUCAUGUAAUUUAAAAAGGCUUUUUCUGACAAGUUUUCUUAAGAAUGAAAACAGAUUGGAUAGUUAUUUAUCUAGAAUACUGUUUUGAAUUUACUUGUAUUGUUUCUAGAAUGGUACAAAAUGACUUCACCGAUUGUUUCAUUGCAUGUUUGAUAUUGCAAAGUUUGAAAUUGGAGUUUUCUGACAAAUUAACAUGAUGAACUCUGAGUUCUCAGUUAAGCAACCUGAAUAAAAAUCGAUGCCAAUUUGAUAGUCCUUGUUUAAACAGUAACAACCGAUCGGUGUAAAAAUCAAUAGGUUACAUUGAGAGUCACGGUACUAUUGGUAAUGUUUCUUUUCCUCCAGCUGGUCAGGUAGCUGAUACACUUUAAAUUUCAGUCACUAGAGAUGUUUUUAUGAUGUGCAGCAACAUAAAACUUGGUGUGCAACAAUUUUAUUUAAAAAAAUGUAAAAACU